UAUUGGGUAAACCCACUAUGAACAUAGCGAAACGGUGGAAGUGUACUACCAAUUAAUACGCGGUUAUUUACCGUCUGGAUUAAAUUAUACAUGUGACAACCGUACACUUGUUAUAACUAACGUGUAAUUGUGUAAGGGAUUCGUUGUUUACCAAUUUGUGUUAUAAAGGAAAGGUUUUUAACUAAUGAAUGCAUUGAUUACGAAAACAAACAGGAAAUGCUUCAGCUAGAUUGUGGCUAACCGCAGUUGAAAACCACAUGUCUGUUUCAAGCUGGGCAGGAUUAUACAUGCGAUAUAUUUUAGUGCUUGAUAACAAUAUUCUUUGGAUUUAUUAAAACGCUGCCAUUGAACUCGCCGAUAAUAUCGUAAUGGAAACAUCCGCCAUGUUCUCUUCGUCACGAAUCUCUUGAGGUCAGCGAAAAAGAUGUCUUUCAACAACUAUGGCGACGACCGCCCCCAUGUCUGGAGCAGUUCCAAUUACCAACAGGCACUGUUACUUCAGCAGCAACAGCAGCAGCAACAACAACAACAGCAACAAUUUCAACAACAGCAACUUCAACAACAACAUCAACCCAGGCCGAAGCACGGCCACCUUGUUCAGCAACAAAGUCCGCAUCAUCACCAUCAAUAUCUUCAGCAGCAACAGCACAUUCACAACCAGCCCUAUCAGCAACAACAUACGCAGCCGUCAGUACAUCAUCAUCAGCAGCAGCAACAGCGUCUUGCUGCGCCACAAACUGUGUAUCAGCAGCAUUCGCCUGCACCAAGGAGGCUGGCAGAGGAUGCAAACAAUGUGAAGCCCGUACAGGCACCCCGAUCACAGCAAACGGCAAAGACCCAGAUCUCACCUCCUCUAGAUCUUUCUGAGAGUCGUCGGCAAGUGGAAAGCCCAUUGGAUUUGUCUGUCAAAACGCAGAAACGCAGAGCGGACUCUACUGAAAGCCCCAUCUAUGUGGAAAGAGAUAUUCGCUAUCUUGAGGCCCCGUCCUCGGCCAAGCGAGUAUGUAUCGCAAAGCGCGAUUACGCGUUACCGCCUGGCCACCCAAAUGCUCCCGAAUUGGAAACAGAACAUUAUCACCAUGGUGGCAUGGUAAAACCACCAGGACAACAAAAGCACCAUUUGCAGAUUCCCGAAGGUCAACAUAUGCACCCGAUGUUGCAGCAAAAAUCUCCAAGUAUAAGUAAUACAAUAGUUUCACCCGAUAAAUCACCUGGUAUCGCUAUUGCACAAAAACCGUACCCGAAUGUAGAGCAACCGUAUCCCGGGGCGUCUGGUCCGAGGCAGAUGAAAAUGCCCGAGAGACGCGGAAUGGAAAUGCAACUUCAUGGCCAAACUAUUGCACGUGGCCCACAUUUACUGCCGCUUGUAGCGCAGCCUGAACGAACACGCCAACCUUCGCCGUAUGAUGCCAUCCAGAAGGAUCAGCAUCUAACUUUCCAGAGGUCCCCACAGGCAAAUAUUACAGAGUCUGUUGCUCUGAAAGAUUUCUUCGAGCCCACUCAGAAAGUAACGGUCACUGCAGUCCCAGGUCAACCGAUAGACCGACAGAGGAUCGGCUUUCAACAAACAUCACCGCCUGUUGUGGCGCACGAUGUGGGUUACAGGCAAACUCGCAUCAUGUCAUCCAUGGUACCAACAAAACACGACUUGAAAGAAAUGGAAGAGCACAGACAUCUGACUGGCAUUCAGCAGCCCGCUAUGUAUCCCGUAAUCUCAGGUGUUUCUCCAAUGAAUCCUAGUAACACAUUAUCUCCGCCGUACCAUGGCAUUCAUGGACCAGUUCAUGAAUACGAAACAAAGACAGGUGCAGUACCACAAAAUGCAAGAAGAACGCAGGAGAGAAGAACUUAUAAAUGCAGAGAAGGCACAACUAUUAACAGGUAUGGAAAUGCAACGUCCCAUGGUUCAAAUGCUGGAUAUUCGGCCUUCACCCGAAGCGUUGAGACAUGAUAAACACAUGCGAGAAAAGACUGAUGUACUCCGUCAGCAACAUGUUCGACAACAACACCCCGUUAGACUUCAGGCCCCGCUUGUUAGUUCACAACACGGGCUAAGGCAGAUGAAGCCCGAUGUUUCUUCUGCAAGAUGUCUUAGGGUCGGUAAUCCGCAACCGCUGUCGGAAAUGCAUAACGCACCGCAUGUACAGACAAUGGAGAGGAUGCAAGGAGUACCGAUUCCUGCUGAAGCGUUCACCAGUAGAAUGUCUAUUGGACAUGAUGCACAAACCGUUCUUGCUGGCGCCGGGGGAAAACACAUUGGCCAAGGAAGACCUGUUCCCUCGUCGUCAAGUGUCAGGGUAGAGGAUAAUCAACAUUACCGAAUGGCCCAGGCGUACGAUAAAAGGCAUGAAAGCUUACAUGAGAAACACUCUUUACCACUAAGGUCAGAUCAGCCUAUCCAUCCAAGUGUAAUUCAACGACCGCAAGGUUACAUUCCGCCACGAAUCGUCCGCAGAAGUAUUUCCAAUGACAACAACAACAACACGGAACAAAGUCGAAUGAAUGAACCCGCAACAACAAUGCGCCAUGUGUUAUUUCAUGACGGUAUCACAGAGCGACAUCUGAAUCAAGAGCAUAAUAUUCAAAAUGAUAUCGCGUCGCACAUUACAUCUAGACAACCGCAAGUGAGUCACAGAGACAUGCUUUCGGGUAGAGACGUUUUAAAAAUUCAGCAACGGGCGGCCGAACAGCGAAAUAACGAGACAAGUGUUCAUAAACAGCAGUUCGCAAAGCAAAAUACAAAUGGUUAUUUUGAUAAUCGGCAGAACACUGAACGUCGGAGGUCAAUUCCUGACAGGGUUUACGAGGUGACGCAGAUGGAACAGAAUAUUAUGUCGAAUUCUAGUCAUUCCACGAAGCGUUCAACACUUCUGACAAAGCCUGCUCAAGUUGCUGGAAGGUCAAUUACCAAGGGAACAAGCGGUAUCCAAAAAGAUAUCACUGACCCUGACAGUUUCAGUCAAUUUUUGAUGAGGGAAUUAAAGAAACCCGAUGACGAUCAAACUGUGAAUCCUUUUGCGAAUCGCUCUCUACUUCAGGAAUUUGAUCGUUCCGCAAAUUCCUCACCAACUCCUGUUACUGAAAUAAAGUCAGAUACAGAAUCUCUUGUAAUCCUUCCGUCUUCGUCGCAAUGCGACACGAAAGUCACAGAAACCUCGUAUACUUUGCCAUUGCAAAUAGCAAUUCCCGGUCAUAAAGGAAUCACAACAGCUGCCACUGCAGUUACAGAAACAAUCAGCAAAGCCAGCAGUAAGCAAGAAACUGCUCCUUCCAAAAGGUUUAUGUCUAGAAAGCAAAUGAUACUAAGUGCAUUUCGACAGGAAGAAGAUCAAAAACAUACGGUAGAGAGCGAGAAAGUGGAACACAAUAAAAACUCGAGGGAUGUAUUUGUUAAACCAGAAAAAGAAUCUAGUCAUCAUAUAUGUCCGCCAUCUCCCAAAAUGCCUAUAUUGAGUCCUCAGGAAAAAAUCAGGAAUUCUACUGGUGGAAGUCACGCUAGUGCGGCUGUGGUCGAGCCUCCUAAUCUUGAGAAUUUGUCAAAUCCAGAGAAUGAUAGAGGCAAGAUAAAGAAGAGUCUUGAGGAACAUUUGCAUCAAAUGAUCUCAAAUGCUUUGAAUAAUGAACCUUGUGAGAAUGAGUCAAAGAAAGCAAGUGUUGAUGCAAUGUUUCGAGACUUGAUGUCGCAAUCACAAAGUCAUAAAUUGUUUUUAUCACGACAAAAUUCCCAAACAAGAAAUAUACCGGUUGCAAAUGUUGCGCCUAUAGUACAUGGCAAGUUUUUAUCGGAUUCCUCUACGGAUACCUUGAAACCUAAGACUGAAACGAAACAAGAAUCGGAUUUUGAUGAAGAUGAUGAAAAAAUGGCUGAGGCUGUGACGUUGUCUCUAUUUGGAAAUGUUAUCAAGAAAAUAGAAAAGGAUGAAAAUAAUACCCAAACAGUAAGUGAAACUGUGCAAGUUAAAAGACAGGGUAGUAAAGAAAAGACUGACAUCAAGGAAGAACUAUCUUUUGAAUCUGGUGAACAUUUGGAAACGGAAAAUACUAAAGGAAUCCGGAGCUUAAUGGAUGAUCGUCUCAAAAGGCAAUCUAGCACUACCCUGAAAUAUGAAAUGGAUACCGAUGCAAGUGAAAACAACUUCGCGUCCGUUCUCGAAAACGACAAUAAAAUGAAAGGUCGUAAUGUGUUCGGUGCAUUUAGUGACAUGUUUUCUGAAAAACGUUUCUAUGAUUUCAAUGAACACUUGGUUGUACAAAGAGGGAGUGGCGCUACCGCUGAUAAACGUCGUAACUACCUAGAUUCGGACAUAGACACAGAGGAAAUGGUCAGAAAGGAUCUUACGAUCGGUUAUGAUGGCGAUGAUGAAACGGGCAGAGACUUCAUGCCGAGAUUCAUCGGUAAACAGUCAAACGCAAAAGCACAGGCGGACCGUCUAAUAAAGAGGGCACGUCGACGUCAUGCCAGCAAUGGCGGAGACGGUUCCAUGAGGUCUAGGCCAGGGAUUCACAGAGCAGGCUUUAAAGACUUUACUCCGCAGGUUCUUCCUAGAAGAACUCGAUCUAGAUCGUUGCAAUCUCAAACCAGACUUGGAAGCCGUUAUGAAGGUCAAGGACGACGCCGGCACUCAUCUGCCUACUCAAACGCGUGUUCCUUCAAACGUUCUUCUACAAAACUCAGACGCCGCAGAACGAGUUCCCUGGACAGGGAAAUAAAAUCGAAAUCGAAAUCCAGAACCGAACAUGGGUUUUAUUCUGAUAACGAGUGUGAUCUUGAUGAGAUUAGAAAUGCCUCAACUGCAGCGACUGGCCCCGUCAUCAAUAACGAUGAGAGUACAGAUGAUGAAUAUUUCAACACGGAAUUUAAUAAUUUUCUACCGACCAAAAUAUCUGAUAAGAGCAGCGGAAGUUUACAUAUUGCAAAAAAACGAAAGAACUUUUUUAAGCAAAAGUACAUUUUUCAACGGAAACGAAAACAAGGUCGAGGCAAACAUCCACUACGUGAACAAACUAACACUCAAGACGUUUCCGGGGACCAUCUGAAAGGGGUUUAUAGCUUCCAAGAAGAGAACACUGAACUCGGCCCUUUACUUUCAUCAUCUAUGGAAUAUGACAUCCCAGUACCAGCGGACCUAAAACGAGUAAUAGUAAACAAGGAGAGCGGUGAAACGGCCCUACACAAGGCUGCUCGCCUGGGCUUCGAGGAGGUGGUACUGUACCUAUUGGCAACACAGUCCGUUGACGUCAAUGCACGUGACAACGCCGGGUUCACUCCACUGCACGAGUGCGUUUGGCGAGGACACGUCAGAAUCGGGAAGCUGUUGCUAACGUACGGAGCAAAUGUUAAUGUGUGCUCAACAGACGGAAUAAGGCCUAUCCACGAUGCCGUAGAAACAGACCACAUUGAAAUGUUGCGAAUGUUGAUCUCCUUUGGUGCCGAUCCUAGUCUGUCGACGUACGCAGGUCGCUCGCUUUUAAAAAUCGCGAAAAGCGACAGAAUGCGCAAUUAUAUACAAGACUACUUCAGUGAUCUAAAUGGCUAUGAAAACCAAUGCCAUCCUUGGCAAUUUAGGGCAUCUAAUACGUAUUUAGAGCCCGAGACGUUUAGCGGCUGUCCACUGUUCGAGAACGUUCCCUCAGACCCGGAGGACGAGUCCAAUGAUAUGCUGACAAUGACGUCAAAGACGCUGUUUCCGGUUCGACGGCUUAGCCUUACAACGAACAAGAGGGUCGAGGAUUAUAUGAUGCUGACCGAGGUGUAUGACUUCUACAAUUUGAACGAACCGGAGCGCCGCUGCAUGGAAGACUCAUAUAAACACCAGAUCAAGAAAGUACCAAAAGCUUCUCUAAUGGAUGCGCACGCAGACAGCGUGUUUUUGGAGCUAUUUUUGGAUCACUAUGGUGACGAGCCGCUACCGGCAAUACGGAUGGUGGACGCCGGGCCGAUCAUUAGUAAGAUCGAAAAGCUAGCAGCGUCCAUAAAAGUACAUACGUGAGGUUACAAUAUACUGUUCGUCUUUAAGUGAUCUCUUUAAUGACUAUUUAACUCGUUGCUUAGCAAUGGUUGUUGUUAUAUUCUUUCAGUGAAUUGCACUAAUAUGUGUUUAUUUUUCUUUUUUGAAAUUGUGUAUGUUGUUUAAAAGAAAACUGUUAAUUGGGACAGUGCAAACAGGCUGAUAGGUGAUAUGUCUGUCAAUAGUGUUUAAGAUGUAUGUAAAUAUUUAUAAAAUGCGACACAAGUGUGCUUUUCGAGUAAUAACAUUCGACAUGUUUUGAUAGUGGAUUUGUUUUGCUUUGUCUUUGCGGGACAUAGACAAGUGUAAUGUUAAAAAAUGUUUUACGUUGUUAGUUGUUAUUGUUGAAUCAUCAUAUUUACGCUGUGUAGCGAUUUGGUUAAAUAUUCAUGAUGCUUCAUGUAUCAAUUAUGGACUGUAUAUAAAAAAAACGAUACGCUAAAAUAGCUCCGCAAUUAUAGCUCGAACUGAUGCAAAUCAGUAUAUUGUAAAAUUAUCGUGGGUUUACAGAUCUACGAAUUGAACACCGACACAUGGGAAAAUGACAAAUGAAAAUGCUUUAUUUCUUUUUUAAGUCAAACAUCCACAAAUGUACUUAUUCACGAAAAAAUAUAUUGUUUAUCCCAUCAUCAGACGUGCAUUGUCGAAAUAAACCACUGUGAAAUAAAUUUACCUUUAUUUCAGCAGUGCUGAAAUAUAGCUGUCACGCGCGGCGAAGAAUGUUCAUAUUACUCGGAAUCAACUAUAAAGUAAUCAUUUUUAGUAAAAUCGAAUCAGAUUCAACAAAACAAACAAUUUGAUACCAAGAUGUAAUAUAGUUUUUACACAUAAUGCAACUCAAAAAGCAAAUAAACAUUAUUUACAAAUAUUAAGUGCGCGUACUCGUGACGUCAUUAUAAAUACGUCAUACGACACAAUGCAUGUUGUUUCACGCUAAAGAUGCAGUUGUUUAGUGUCUUUUUUUUCAUAAGUUCUUAAUAAUCGGGGACGUAGAGGUAUGAUAAACGAAAAACAGGUUGGUUACUGAUCUUUUUGUAAUGUAUUAGGCUCGACACGAUUAAAAUAAUGAAACAAUGUUUGCUUAAAAUAUCUUUGGGAUUUUCCGUCUAGUUCGAUUUUCCUAUUCUAUGUUUAAAGAAACAAUUUACGACUAAGAAAAUUGAUGGGAUAAAUCGAAUACUAGGUCGGUGCCGAAUAAAGCAAAGUUUAUCUUGCUCGGCACGAAAAUCUGAACCACUCGCCAAGGCUCGUGGUUCAGAUUUUCUAAGCCUCGCAAAAUAAACUUUGCUUUAUUCGGCACCGACCUAGUAUUCUCUAUUUACCCAGCGAAAUGUAAUGCCGGAAAAUGUUAAGAUGAAUUUACAAUAUAUAUAUAUAUAUA